AUGCUACCAUUUCAACCUGACAACAACGAUGAUGACACGCUUGAAAAGCUGCUGUCAUCAACAAACUAUGCACCGCCACCACCACCACCGCAGCAGCAUCAACAGCAUAAUCAGCACCAACAUCAAAAUCAACAUCAGCAUCAGGAUAGCUCGUCGUUUCACCAAAUGCCAACAGCCCUGUCACCACUCCUCCCUGGUGAUGAUUGGCAGUGGCCUUCACCCUACCCUUCGAUCUCACAGGAACCCAAUGUUUUGAAUCAGCUUGUGACCAUGGCUGAUACACCACUCCCUACGACAGCAGUCGCCCCUACUGCUGCGAUUAGUAAUGAGGGCCAUGCGCUCCAAGAAAGGGAAUGCAAUUAUGAGUUGGUUGUUGCUCAACAACCUAUUCGAGCACGUAUGUGUGGAUUUGGAGACAAGGAUCGACGACCUGUCAGCCCGCCGCCUAUUGUGGAGCUCUUGAUUACAACCAAAGACGGGAAGAACAUUGAUCCAGCGCAGGUCGACGUCUCGCAUUUUGUGGUUCAUUGCGAUAGCUGGCAAGCGGAUGGUAUAACAGAAGCCAAUAUUAUCUCGCCAACCGAUCCAUCCAAGAAGCUCGAUUUACAAAAAACGCGGAAUCUUGUGGGUAGUCAGGUGGCUUCGGCCGUCAAACUUUACAACGUCCAAGGCCAACUUGGGAUAUUUUUCAUCUUUAGCGACAUUAGUAUCCGCCUAGAAGGAAGGUAUCGACUUGGUUUCUCAUUGAUUGAUGUCCGAACUCCGCCAUCAUCCGUCUUUCCGAUGUCUCAGAUCUUGGCUAAAGUAUACACAGAUGUCAUUACUGUCUAUUCUGGGAAAUCUUUUCCUGGUGUAGUAUCUCGAACACCGUUAUCAGUAUGCUUCCUAAAGCAAGGUGUCAAAAUUCCUGUAAGAAAAGAAGAUCAGCAACCCGGUAGCAGCGUGGCCAGCGGGUCAUCAGGCAGUAGAAAGAGGCCAAUAGAUCAAGACUUAUCAAUCCAAGACGAGGAUUCAAUCGACUCGGGAUAA